AUGCCGUCCAACAUCCAGGUCUUUGUGAAAUGGAAGGACCAGACAAUCUUUGCGGGGGAGAACGUGGAAUGUACUAUAACAUUCAAGAACGUGGCCGAGAUCAGGUCCGAUACCAACCCUGGUGAGGGUCAACAUCAGCGCAAGGCAUCUCGAGUCGCCAACCACUCCAGCACCAAUCACUCCGACUCCUUUUUUGGUUUCAAAUCACCCCAGAGACUCUUUUCGGACAGACGCUCCUACUCGAUCGGCUCGCCCAGGAGACCAACAGCCCAUCGCACCGCUUCAUCCCUGAGCUCCCCACUCGUUGCAUCCCAGAGCUUCCCGCCCGCUGGCAACCCCUCCUCCACCCCCCGAAGCUGGCAACCUGGUCACAGCAAUAAACGAUCAGUAUCAAUCCUUUCAAUAGAUAGUGAAGGCCUGCCAGAUGCUUCACCUUCGCCGCAUUAUAGUCGGGGCAAGCCUGCUAGGGGUCAUGGGCGCUCAACCAGUCUUCAGAUCACACCCCGGAGGAAUGACAGUUAUGAUGAUUCUUAUCGAAAAGCUGCCAGAGCUCCCAUGCGUGGCUUACCACUAAGAGAAUCUGACGAAUCUGCUCUCGGAAGCCUACGAGUUGACACCAAUAAUUCGGGAUGCACAAGUCGCCCGGGGUCCAUUGCUGAAAGCCCCGUGGAUCCAAUCGAGCCAUUACGCCUUGCACGAAGACCUCAGCUACCCUCCUUUGAUUUCAAGUUUCCAGCUGCGAAUCCAAACGAAUCCAACCGCCCCGCCCCGUCCCCUUCACCCAAGUCCGACAGACUCCAGUCACCAGCCAAACCCCCGAGGAGGGAUCCAUCGGGGCUAGGUCCUCCAUCGCACCAGCAAGUCACACGGAUUAUAUCAGCAACUAGUGUUAAUGGGAGCAGUCGAAGUAGCGGCGAAUUUUACUCGGUCAGUGAUCACUCGAGCGAAACGUUAGCAUCGGAGUAUACAAACUAUUCGGCUCAAGGAGGACGUGCACCUCCUCCAGCCCGACAUGCAAGACACUACUCCAGCGUUGCUCCCUCCUCGGUCCAGCCCACAGACAGCCAGGCGCUGCUGAUGGGCUACGCCCAGAUCAGUGCAUCAUUUACAGUUGACGGCUCCCUGGUCAACCAGUCUGUGUUUGAUGAGGUGAAACGCAAAGGAGUGGUUGGUGGCCAACCCGGCACAGGUGGGCUUCCUGGACGACCAAGCGCGGCCAGUACUGAACGUUCUCGCAAGGGGGGUGGUGGUUUCUGGGGCGCACUCAAGUGGAACGCCAUUGAGGAAUCGAUCAGUGGGUUGCUAUCAAACAACGAACUGGACGGUCUGCGAGACAUGCGUGGUGUUGCUUCGUCGCGCUCAAUUCCGCUGCUCUCUACCCCACAGUCACUUCUUUUUGUAGAUUUGCGACUGGCGCCAGGAGAAGAACAAUCUUUCUCCUUCUCCUUCUCCCUUCCCAGGGGACUCCCGGCGAGUCACAAAGGAAAGGCCAUCAAGAUAUCUUACAAUCUUGUGAUCGGAACUCAACGACCCAGCGCGCCCAAUGACACUCAACGUGUCAACCGCAUCAACAUCCCGUUCCGUGUAUAUAGUGGAGUUAAUGAAAACGGAGACGUCCUGGGUCAUGAUUUAAUGUCUCCAUAUGUGCUUCUGCGUGAUGAAGCCAAAGUUCAAAAGGUUGGACCUACCACCCCUGUGGUUGCACAACCGAAGAGCUUAAGUGGACUUUGGAACUCGGCCGGGGACUUCAUUUCCUAUGUCGAUGAGAUUCUUGAAAAGCGCGCACGAUCAAAUUCACUCUUCCCACCGGGUGCGCUUCCAGAGCGCCGAGCAAGCUUUGACGGCCCUCCCCAGCCCCUUUCUUGCAAGGACAUCAUCGACAUGGCAAUUCUUCGCAGUAACCAAACAGCCCAAUCAUCACGGCGCAGUCCAAAUAGAUUUGAGAUUGCCCGUGAUGGCCAGCGCAUCGCUGUUGUUGUUCUCAACCGUCCUGUACAUCGAAUUGGCGAAACUAUUAUUGCUACCGUGGAUUUCGGCAACGCUGCCAUCCCAUGUUAUGCUGUUCGAGCUUCGUUGGAAACAUCUGAAAAGGUCGUGCCUACUCUGGCUGUUCGAUCAAACGCCAGUAUCCACCGAACUACGCGUCGCAUCCAUGCAUCCCUGUUUGAAAAUACCCUAUACGCCACCCGUGUGGUUUUUAGCCCUGCUAUUCCUACUACUGCAACCCCAACUAUUCUCACCAGUGGCGUGACCCUCGAUUGGGACCUGCGCUUCGAAUUUGUGACACCGAAUAUACUCAACGAGAGUGGCCGGGGGCCUUCGGGCACAAAAUUGCUUGAGACUAUUUCGUCCGAUGAUCGAGGUCAGGUUCUUUCUGCCCUGGAACAUUUGGGAUGUGAAUCAUUUGAAAUCUCUAUUCCGUUGACUGUAUACGGCGAAAGCGUCCGAGAGCAAUUGCCAGAGGAGAAUGACGGGUACUCUAUUUAG